UGAGUGUUCUGUGUUGAAUUUAGCCUGCACUCUGCCCUUUGGUCAAUGUAUCGCAUAUAUAAUACAGAACUGCUCGGGAAAGAAAAUGCAAGCUAUCUGAAUACCAGAAAAGCAAAGAAUUCAAUCAGAACCAACCAGAGAAAUUGGACAUAACAAAAUAAGCAAUCUGGGAUAUCCUAAAUAAGUAAGACACCACAGGAGCAAUCUGCAAAGAGCAAGCUGGCAGAGGUAAAUAGCUGGAAGGUUAAGAACAACAUCUUACUGCUGAAAUCACCAGAAUAUAAUCAAAGGAAUGGCAGGACGCAUGGCUUACAAUGCUGCAUGCUGGCUAAAAACUGUGAAAACUGGCACUUUGCUGGCCCAGACUAUGGUUCUUCAAGAAAGGACCAUAUCAGACAUGGUCAGUCAAAGGAGACGUACUCCAAGGGUCUGGGCCAGACCUACUCGUGCCCUGAUGGAUGAGCCAUUCCAGCUGGAGGUGGCCUGUCUUCCUCCACACUGUCCAGUCACGCUGCGUAGCACCUUGUACAGUGAGGGAAAUGAUCUCUGGGAGGCGUUCUCUCACUAUGUGAGUGAUGAGACAGGAAGGGUAAACGUAUCAAAAGAUGAAUCUUUGGGGGGAUUAUAUAUUGGCCGUGAACCAAUGGGUCUGUUGUGGAGUCUGCGUCUAGCUGUUGGAGGGAGGCAGAAUAUCAGACUACGGAAAAAGAAUAUCCAGACACCCCUUGUCGUUGAUAUUUCCCUGUUUGAUGGUCAUAAUACAGAUAACUUUAAUACUCAGACUGCCCUAGCCAUGACAACCAUGGAGCGAUGGUACAUGGCACCAGGAGUGCGCCGCAUAGAGGUGCGAGAGAAUGGUGUGGUGGGCACCCUGUUUAUACCACCAGGGCCUGGUCCUUUCCCUGCUCUACUGGAUGUCUGGGGCCUGGCGGGAUUUAUGGAACACCGUGCAGCACUUCUGGCUUCUAGAGGCUAUGCCUGUUUGGCACUGGCAUACAUAAAUCACCCAGAACUGCAACUUGGCAGCGGCAUGGGUAUCAGCUACUUUCAGGAGUCUUGGAAGUUGCUGCAGUCUGUGCCACAAGUCUCAGCUGAUAGACUGGGUUUACUAGGAUCUUGUUUUGGAGCUGCUAUUUUAAUUCUGAUGGCUUCUGAGUUACCAGAUAUUUCUCCACGGUGUCUUGUUGCCAUUAAUUCCCCCAGUGGAUUCUUCAAACCUGGAGAAGGAAAAUAUUUGGAGAAAAUGAAAAAGCUUCUACCUGAGCCAAAACUGGAUGCAAAUGGUCAUUUGAUAACAAAGGAUGCCAUACUGGCAGUUGGAAUAGACCUGGAGAGGAGUUUGCAGGCAGGUGGAAUUCAAUGUCCAACAUUACUCAUUGUUGGAGAGGAUGACCAGAAUGUCCCAUCUAUAGAAAGUGCCCAGAGGCUAGAAGCCCAGAUGAGGGCUGUGGGAAAGGGACAUCUGGUAACAAAACUUUCAUACCCUGAGGCUGGACACUUGAUAGAACCUCCCUACCACCCAGUUUUGAGAUGUUCAACCUUCAUCUACCCAGACCAACCUGUCACCAUGCUUUGGGGUGGUGUUGGAAAAUCACACGCAGCUGCCCAGGAGGAUUCAUGGAGAAGGAUUCUUGAAUUUCUUGACAAACACCUUUAGAGGAAUGCUCAAUAUGGAUAUCAACUCCAAGUCAUGUACAGUAAAGUAGCCAUGCAAAACAUAGGUGACACUUUCAAGAAUUCCAGUUCUUAUUAGAAAGAAAGCCGCUAUAACUUGAACUUGAGCAGCGACUCUUCAGGAAUAAGUGGCCAUUUCAUUUUUGAUACCCAAAGUUAUUUAGUGAAACAGAAAAGACCAAGUAGAUGAGUUAACAUGAAUAUGGAAGGAACAAAUAACACUGUGAAGGGUAACACAAAGUAUAGUGCUUUCAAAGAGUUGUGCAGAACAAGAAAGAUGAGUGAAGAUAAGAAUAACUCAGAAGACAAGAGCAAUCCAAACAACAGCAGGACUUUAGAUGGGGUACUACCUAUAAUGUUACUAGCAUACUGUUAUGUGACAAGACUUUGACAAAAGCUGCUUUUGGUCUUAAUAACCCAAUGCAUUAGUAAAGUGGUUAUUCAUCUCUCUGCUGUGACAUGUUAAAACCUUGUGAUAUGCUGGUAAAAUUACUUUUGAACAUCAGUGCUUCAUUUGGACUUAUUAAGCAUCAGCUAUGGAUUUACAAGCCUUACACUGAAGUAUACAAUAUUAAGAGAGAGAUUAUAACCCUGAAUGAAUAGAGGGCAAGAAGAUUAAAAAGAAAGAAAACUUUUGAUUUGGCUGUCAUAGUCACAGUGAGGCAUUAUGCAAGUGUACUGUUGUUGGUAUAAUGGAGUCCCAGUAGUGUUUCUUGACAGACUUCUGAAAAAAACUGUUGGUUGAAAGUCCUCGAUGUUGGCGUGUCAUUGAGAGGAUGUGCAACAUUGUACAUAAUGGUACCCACUUUUGCUUUAUGCUUCAGAAGGUCUAGAGUUUGCCCAUAACUGAGCUUGCUCUUUUAAUGAGUGUGUUGAUUCAGUGGGUCUCUCUUGAAGUGAUGUUAUUAAAGAACAUAGUCUCCUAAGGAAAAAGAGGUUGCUUUGCCCUUUCUUACAUAUUUCUUCUGUGUUCUGGAACAAGUGCAAUUUGUCAUUAAUGUGGACCUCCUCAACAUCCACUCCUCAAAUAGUGACUGGACAUAGAGGUUGUUUGGUGUGGUGAAAGACAAUAACCAGUUCCUUGAUUUUGUUGAUGUUAAGAUGCAGCCUAUUCUCUGCGCCAAGAAAUAAAGUUUCUGCACCUGACUCUUUUAC